AUAGCAGAGCUUUCACAUUAUUUCAAAAUGGCUGUUUCGUUUAUACUCUUUCGUGUCUGGAUGUUGCUACACUAGAGAUUCCUGCCACCUUUUCGCUUUCAAUCAACUGUUUUUUUUGUGGUCACAAUUAUGGAGGUAGUUGGUUGUUGGUAUUGUUUAUCAAGACGUGUCAGUUCCAUGUUAAAGUGGAUUUUUCAGUUGGGUUCGUCUGAAGCUGCAGGCUCUGGAACACCAGUCCUGAAGAAACCAAGGAAUAGAUUCUUAAAUUCCUUACUUUGUUGUUUUGGAACAAAUAAUAACAAUAACAACAACAAUAAUAACAAUGCCCAAACAAACUGUCAAGUGCCUCAAGUUGAAGAAAAUGGAAACCCUAAAAUUGGGGAGAAAUAUUUAUUACCACCCGUACGUCACACUAAUAUGCAUAAGAAAUGUGUAGUUAUAGACCUUGAUGAAACCCUUGUACAUAGUUCAUUUAAGCCAAUAAGCAAUGCGGAUUUUAUAGUUCCUGUUGAAAUAGAUGGAACCGUUCAUCAGGUGUAUGUGUUAAAGAGGCCUUAUGUAGAUGAAUUUCUGCAAAGGAUGGGAGAAAUGUUUGAAUGUGUGUUAUUCACAGCUAGUUUAGCUAAGUAUGCAGACCCAGUAGCUGACCUACUUGACAAGUGGGGAGUAUUUGGGGCCCGGCUAUUCAGGGAAUCUUGUGUCUUUCAUAGGGGUAAUUAUGUCAAGGAUUUGAGUCGUCUAGGUAGAAAUUUAAAUCAGGUUGUAAUUAUUGAUAAUUCCCCUGCAUCUUAUAUCUUCCAUCCAGACAAUGCUGUACCAGUAGCCUCUUGGUUUGAUGAUAUGGCAGACUCCGAGCUUCUCGACUUAAUACCAUUUUUUGAAGGACUUGCACGAGUGGACAGUGUAUAUUCGGUGCUCAAACAAACUAUAGAUAGUCCUUCAACCACACCCACCUCAUAGCAGACACUAUAAUACUGUGUCUGGUUGCUAUAGAAACUCUUGAAAACUUUCUGCCUUGUUAUCAGGGAGGCUAACAAAAAAAUAUGGCUUCUUUGACUUUCAAAUAGUUUCAUUGAAAUUGGAUUUCUGGCCAUGGCAUAGAAGAAGGAAAGUUUUGAAAGUGAAAAUAGGAACAGACAUUGAAUGUAUAGAUAUUCCUAUUGUGGAACUCUAACUUGUCCUUGGAACUAACUUACUUCCCCUUGUCACCUUACAGAACUUGCAUAGAUUUUUAUUAUAAAGUGCUAAAAUUAUAUAGAAAUUGUUACUUUGUAGAGAUCUGUUGCUGAAUAUUUAAGUUUUGAAUUGAGAGGACUUUGUUUAUUGUAUGUUUAAGACUAUGGAUAAAAUCAAUAACUUUAUACUUAAUAUCUGAAUGGCUUUCUAAUUACCGGUAAGAUGACAAUGAAUAAGGCCGUUAAUUCAAUUGUUUUUGCUGAAGAAAUUGUUUUGAUGAAUUUAAUUAUUUAGUAUAAAUAGGAUAAAAUGCUUAAAAAAAUUAUUAAAUUUUAUGUCGUAAAGUCAUAUAAUUGGUUUCUUCAUUUUACUUAUUUAAAAUUUGAAUUUUUCAUCUGAAAGGUUUUAAGAUAAUUGAGUUUUCAACGAAGAAGAGAGUAUGUCUAAUGAAGUUAGUUAUUAUCAUCCCCUAUUUAAAACGAGAAAAGUCAUGUAGGAAAUUGUUCUUGUUUAUUUUAGGUUUUCAGUUAGUAUUUGGUUAUAGUACUAUUUGUAGAUUUGGUUUUCCGCUGGAACGGACAAUGUUCAUAUAGAAAUAAAUUUACGUUAAUUAAUAUUUUGUAUCUCUUGGCUGUUAAUAGCGGGAUUUAUUUUUGUUGUUGUUGAAUGGCAAUAUUUGAGUUAAUUUAAAAUAUUGGAUCAUCAAUACCACAGUUAUUAUUAUGGAGACAUAAUAUUAUAUAUAAAAAUCAUAAGGUCUUUUUUUUUUUAAAUCAUAUGUAUUUAUUUUUAAUUAUGAUUUAUACUGUAUAAUAAGUUAUGUCAUUUUUCUUAGACACUUUUGUCAAUAAUUUUUCUAUUUUUGCAUUUUUUAAUACGAAUAAGUAGAUUCUUGAAUUUAUUUGUUGUUAAAAUAAUGCAAAAUGUUUGAUGCUUUGAGUUUUUUUGACGAACAAAUUAAAUGUAUGUUUAUGCUUCAGUUGUCAGUAUUGCUAAGUAAUUAGAUAAUGUUAAUUUCAAUAUGAGUGACAUUUCAAAUGAAUGGUUAUUUUUCUACUAAAUAAAGAAUUACAAAUACUGAUUUAAAAGAUAAAGCAGAUUGCUUGUGAAACUCAACUUCAUGUUGAAGUAAAAUAUUUUUUAGAAAGAUAUUGCCUUUUACGGAAAGACAAUUUUGUAAUUGUUAUAUAAAUGUUACAAAAGGUGUGUAGUGAUAGUUAAGAUUCUGCGAUAUUCAUAACAAUGAAAUCAAAAGACAUUUGUCAGUCUUUGCAAUGGAAGGUGUGCAGUAUCCAUAAUUGGUUUUGGUUAUUAAAAUGGUCAGAUUUGAAAGCUGGUAAUUUUUGGGAAAACAAAGAGGUGUAUAACAAUUAUACAGUAUACAAAACCAUCCAGAAACCUUAUGAUAUUCUUGCCCAUCACUUCAACAUAUUUGUGGACAUUUUUCCUAAUUCACUUUGUAAAUUUACAUGCACUCAGAAGUUUUCUAAUGUUGAAUUUUCAUUAAACAAAUGAAAGAAGACACUUGUUAUAUUUGAAAUCAAUGUGUAAUAAAAUGUACUUGUAUUAUACAAUUAUGUUGUUGACAUAUAAAAAUUGUUGAUUUAUUAUAAUAUUAUGACAAUAUUUUAUGAAUAUAAAAAUGUUUUGGAUAAAAUACACAAAGUCAUAUUCGUAUGACUUUUCUCACAAAAAAAAAGACAAGCUUGUAAAAAAGAGUAGAUUUUGUAAGAUAUUUAGUUUUUCAUCAUAACCUUUGUGUAUGAUGAUUUGUAUUUAUAACUAUUAAACAUGUAUUAUACAAAAAAAAAAUUGUACAAUUUAAAGGGGUGUUUAUGUAGACAAAUUGAAUUUAUGUAGAUUAAAUUGCUGUGGAAAAAUAUUGAGAAGAUUUGAUCAUAAUGUUUCUUUAGAUGCAUAAACAAAUAAUGUUAAAGAUAAUUUUUAUUGUUAAAUUUUUCUUAGAUUUUUCUUUUGGUACAUUAUUAUUACCUUCUAUUAAAUGUUAAACUUGAAUUUUGUGUCUUCUGCAAUGUCAGCACAAAUUCAUUUGUCAACAGAAGAUGUUAUAUUCUAAUAUAGUUUUAAGUUGUCUACAUAGAUGCUCCGUAGAAAAAAAAUGUUAUUUUUUCAACACAAAUUGUCACAUAUUGUUUAUAGCUGUACAGUGGAAAAAGAGUGAAUUUUAUCUGUUAAUAUAUAAUAAUUAUUUUAUAACUUUUCUUUUCUUUAUUUUUAAUGUGUGUUUAUUAUUUCUAUGUGGGUAAUCUAUUCAUCAAUUCUGCAGGUGUGUACAGGGUUAAAGGUCAGAAUUAGUCUAUUCAGAUUUUAUAGAUGCGAUAGACAAUAUGUGUAAAAACUUUCAAGUCCAUAAUGGUUUAAUUUUCUUUAAGUAAUUUCCCUUGGAGGGGAAAAAACACCUUUUCUCCUGGAAUUGUAUCUUUUAAACUUCUUUUACAAUGGAAUUUUAUUUACAAGAUCACACAGAUUGUAAUUUAUGCCAUGAUAUCUAUUUGAGCAUAUAUUUGACCUCAGUCUUGUUGACUGUAUUCAUCUCAUCACUAACUGUCAUAUUUAUAACUUCUACUUAGACUAAAUUCUUUCUAUAUUUGAAACACUCAAAAGUUGUGUUUUGUUUUUGGAUAGUUAUGGAGUGACUUAUGUAUCAUGGUUCCAGAUUGAAGUAUAAUAGUUUGUUACUGGUUGAUAGAGGCUAUAUAUUUUUUGUAUCGUGACAUUAAUUUACCUUGAAUGCAAGAGUUUAUAAAUGUUGGGAUGUGAAAAUUAGAUAUUAACUUUUAUCAUCAAGUUAGUACACACCAUCUUAAGGCUUCACUCAUUUACCAUAUCCGAUAUUUCAUAGAAAAUAUAAAUCUUGUUGCCUUUAGAUCUAGUAAUAAAUCAUCACUUUCAGAAUGUAGACAUAAGGUAUUUAAUUUUAAAAAUCCUAACAAUUAGUAUUAUCACAUUAACACUAUCAAAGGUAGCAACCAAAAGUUUUAUUAACCAAAUAGUGAGAGAAAAAAUCCAAAAAACACUCAUCAUUAAAUCUUGUUUGAGUUCUAUGUUACAAAAAUCUCAUUGGUUUAAACAGGGUCUGUUUGACAAAUAAUAUGUUGUUGAUCUUCACUUUUCAUUAUCAUCUGUCAUAUAUUCGUCAUGGUACACUGUUUAAUACUGCUUGUAUUGGUUAAUUUCAUGUUAACAAACUGAUAGACAUGUUUGCAUGUUAGAACCUUACAUACAUGAUGUCAUAUCUGUCCAAUGUAUAUUGUGUGUCGUCCAAUAACUGUCAACCUCUCAUUAUUAUAUUUAUAAAAUAUUCUGUCCUUUUACUUCUUGUAUCAAUAUAUCUAACUAAAAAUUCAGAUGGAGUAGUAUCAAGUGUUUAGGAUGACAUCCAUCACUAUAUAGAGAUAAAUGGUAGAUCUUGAUAGCUUCUACUUGGGAUUUCAGAAGUCAAAGUUACUGGCUAGAAAGUGUAGACCAAGUUAUCGGCUCUGGAAUAAGUAAGUUUGAACACAAGUGAUGGAAUUACAGAUUUAAGUCAGAUUUUAUAAAGCUUGAACUGUAUUUUGUGUUGACUGUUAAUUGAAUUUAAAUAUACAUGUUAUUUUGUAUAUUACAAAUUAGGGUUAGGAAGCAUCGAAAUAUAUGAUAUACUGAUAGAAUAAUAGUUGAUACAAUAGUCUUAAAGGACAGAAUAGUUAAAACUUUACUCCAGUUUCUUUAAGAUAGACCUCCCCAAAUACCCCAGUUUUCAUAUUGAGGUCAGGGAAACUAAUGAAAGAGUGGAAUAAUGUCUUUCUUCUUUAUGUAUAAAUAACAGAUCACAUUGCUCAUUACACCAAAUGAAACAAAUUCAAGCUUUGAAAAUUUAAGAAAAGGAAACAUUCACGAAAGUUUUGCUGUAUGGAAUUUGAUUUGGUCUUAAUGCCUUUUGUAUUAUUUUCUUAUUGUCUCAAUUCAUUUUUGUAUAUGUUUUACACCCCCAAAAUAAGGCAUUCAUUUAAUGAGAGAAAUUGGUUGUUUGCACUUCAGCAAUUUUUGUAUUCUGUGCCCCAACUUAUUCGAAGAUGAUAAACAUUUCAUGUUUGGUUGUAUGGAUUUCCAUAUCUGUCAAAAUAUGUAUUAUUGUUAUGCAACAGUAUAAUAUUUUGUCUGGGAAAAUAUUCCACACAAGUAAUUUAAAUCAAAGUGUUUUCAGGACCAUUAUGAUAGUUGAUAUUCUACAACAGAGGGUGCACGUAUACAAAAAGUUAAAAACAGACAAUAUCAGCUAAAUUUCCUCAUAUGAUCAUCUUUCAGUGUGUUGUUUAAGCCAUUUUGUAUGAUAACGAAAAUUACCAUGAUUCAUGUAUUAAAUCUUUAUUUGUGAAUUUGUGUGAUGAUAUAUAUUAAGAAUUUUUAACACUUUAAGCAGUCAAAACUGAAAGAGGCCAUUGAAUAAAUGACACUGUCACCAUUGUUUUUAAACUAUUAACAAAAUAUAUAUCAACUAAUAAUAUAAUCACUUUCUUUUUUUAUGCUUAUAAAUAUUAAUGAAAUAUAAAUCAGUGUGAAGAAUUUCAUCAAAAACUACACUGGCUGUGUGUGGGUCUCAAUCAUUAUUUGAAAUUGAAAAAUUAGACAUUUGCCUAAUCUAUGAAAAACAAAACACCAGUUUCCAAAUUGUGAAUUUAAUUGAAGUACCCAUAUCUACACAUACUAAUUGUAAGUACAUACACACCUUAAUUAUUUUAUCAAAAUAUGAGUGGCAUCGGAAAGAUAUGUAUUUUUUCAAAUAUAAACAUAAUCCACUUAUUGUAUUCAGUUGAUUGUGUUCAAAUUUAUCCUAAUCUUAUAAUAAUAAUUUCAUUAAAUUCAUUCUCUACUUUUUGUUGCUAGAUAAAAUCUUCAUAUUUUCGAAGCACUACAAUUGUUUGAUCAAAAUUUCUAAUAUUCACCAUAGAUUAAAUGUACACUCAUGAAAUAAGUACCAUAAUGGACACCCAACUUACGAAGGACAUCUGUCUUUUCUGUUAUAGUUAAAUUUGGAUUAUUUGUAAUUUCUGUCUGAUUGACAUAUUGAAACUGCUAUUGAAGGAAAUUGUUAUAUAAGCUUGUAGUUUAUUUAUGUGUGAAAUAUUUGCCAAAAUAUUAAAAUUGAACUGCUUUAAUUUUCUACUAAAUUAGAUGUUGGGCCAUCAGUAAUCAUGUUUCAAAAAUUUAAAAAAAUGUAACAAAAAAAUUGUUCAAAGAGCAUUGGAUAUGGCACUUCUUUUUGUAUUAUACACUGUUAUGAUCGUGCACAAAUUUAUGAUAAGAGUUCAAAUGAUUUCUUUAGAUUAGGCCAAAUUUAUGAUAAGAGUUCAAAUGAUUUCUUUAGAUUUGGCAAAAGAUUUUUGAAAUUUUUAAAACAUAAAACUAUAAGACAGAUGUCUAAAUUUUGCAAAAGUUGUCAGAAAUUUUAAAACCAUUGAAACAUAUUGCAAAUUAUUGGCUUGCCUUUUUUUGUGUGUAAAAUUUAACAAUAUUGACAGAUCCUAGUGUUGACAGAAUAUUGAUUUUGAAGUAAAUAUCAAUAGUGUAUUAUAGAAGUAUAAUAAUAUACAUUGUGUCAGUAGUGUAUAUUACAAUAUAUAAUUAUAUAGACUAUUAAUAUCUAUAUGAUAAGUAUAUAUAUAUAUAUCAAUGGCUAUUUUUGUUAUAGGGCCAGUAUUUUUUACCUAUAUUAAACUGACAAUAUGUAGAAUUGAUAAGAUCUUGCAGAUUAUUAGUAACUAUUAAAAUAUCACAUCCUGAUAUUCAGAUGAUAAGAGGUAUAUAAAGUUUUGAAUGUCUUGUUAUGUUAACUUUCAUCAGAAAUUAAUUAGCCAAUUCCUGGAUUUUAAAUUUGUCAGAAUAUACAUUUCACACCAAGGGUUUAUUGGUUAAAAAUUAUAGCAAGGUUGAGAAAAACUAAUGUGGGUGGGGUUAAAGUAAAAUGGUAUAGUAAGUUGUAUAUCUAAUGAAUUCUACAUGUUUGAAGUUUAAAAAAUGUUAGUAAUAGAAAACUGGUUGUAUUAAAAUGUUUCAUAUAGUAUAAUAUGUGUACAUGCCUGCAUACUGUAAAAUACUAUAAAUAUUAUAUAACUCACUUGUUGAGGUUAUGGUUUGAUUGUACAAUAAAAAAAACAUAUUUUCUCUGGUACUGAUUUUAAUAUAAACUUAUAAAAUUACA